AUAAGCAGAGUAAAGAUGGAUUCUCGUGUUAAAUAUUUCCAAUGAAUCGUUCAAACCUUCUCAAUUCUCUUAUCAUUUUUCUUAUCGGAUUCGUAUUUAUAGUAACUUAUCCCGACCGUAACUUGACAACAAUUGCUGAGUAAAAUUAAAUAAAUAAAUAAACAAAUUGUCUAAUUGUGGAUUAGUAAAUUUAUAUUUAUAUAUAUAUAAAUAUAUAUAUAAUAAUAAUAAGUAAAGAAGUUGCAAGCAUGAUUGUACAGGAGCCAGUUCAGGCCGCCAUAUGGCAUUGUCUCAAUCACUAUGCGUACAACGACGCUAUUUUUUUAUCAGAAAGGCUUUUUGCAGAAGUGGAUAACGAAGAUACGUUGUUUCUCUUAGCGACAUGUUACUACCGGGCUGGGAGAAUAAGACAAGCAUACGGUUUAUUAACAAAGAAAUCACCCAGUACACCACAGUGUCGAUUUUUACUCGCAAAAUGUUGUUACGAUUUGGAAAAAUGGGCGGAAGCUGAGGCAGCCAUUGUCGGCGGUUACUACAAACAAGUUAAAAAUUUAGAAGAUAUAGUUAUACAAUUUGGCGACCAAGCGUGUUUUUCACUACAAAUAAUAGCCAAAGUAUAUUACAAAUUGACAAGAACUUCAAAGGCUAACGAAGCGCAUAAAUUAGCAUUAAAAUUGAAUCCAUUUUUAUGGCACUCAUUUGAGGAGCUCUGUAAUGUCGGAGAGAAACCUGAUCCCAAUAAAGUAUUUCAGUUAGAAAAAAUAGACACCUUCGCUAUGUGUCACGGUACUAAUCAGCUUAAUUAUAUUACCGAGCCUGACGUUAUUCUUCCCAGCAAUUCUCCAACGCUAAACAUAAACACGACUCCAACGCAAGCUGUAAUUGUCAAUGGCACUCAGGGCGUCAGAUUACAUCCGUCAAUAGAAGAAAGUCCCCAACCACAGGCUAUUUUAUAUACAAAUCCACCGACGAUAUCACCGCGCAGCAAACCUCAGCGGUAUCGUAGUAUGUUUAGUAAUUCAAUGAGUCCUUUGACUCCGAGUUUUGGUAUUCUUCCGCUGGACAAUAAUUCUCCAGAACCAACAGUACUACCUUCACAUGUCACUUUAACUGAAUCAAAUGAUCAGAAAAGUUUAGCUAAACGUGUCAGUAGUCUUCGUGCUCAUGUAGGCCAAUUUAUAUCGAGAAAAGAGACUCCAUUGCAACAGGGCAAGCCCGUGUUCUCCCAGUCAGGGAACACAAGCAACACCGCAAAUAUCGUAACCGUAACACCAACAACACCAACUCCAGCGCCGCCGACUCUCCAGGGGCCCAACGUCCGUCGUUCUUCCCGACUUUUCAGUCACAGCUACUCGGUUAAAGAAAACAACAAAUCGCCCAAUAGAAAUAAAUUCACAACACCAAAGUCACCCUCCCGCAAGACCAAAGCGCGUUUGUCAAAGACAAAUUUAAACAAAGCGACAUUCAAUGAACUAAACGAACGUAAUCGCAGUGAUAAGGAAAAAAGUGAAACAAUAACGUCUGAGAAAAUGGUCGCCACGACAAAUGCAUUGAAUCAAAAUAGUAAUAGCAAUAACAAUAGUAAUAAUAGUAAUAAUAGUAACUGUGCCAGUCAACAACACUGCGCAGUGCUGGUUCAAAAACAAUGCGCUGAAGGUCUAAUGUCAUUGUUACGUGAACUCGGAAUGGCUUAUCAGCAUUUGAGUCAAUUUAAUUGUUCACAAGCCGUUGAAAUACUCAGUGUCCUACCAAAACAUCACUACAACACCGGCUGGGUCUUAUCAAUGCUCGCUCGAGCCCAUUUUGAAAUGAAUGACUACAAAAAGGCGGCUAAUUAUUUUUCCGAAGUCAGGCAAUUGGAGCCUCAGCGUAUGGAUUUAAUGGAAAUAUACAGCACUGUCUUGUGGCAUUUACACUCUGAGGUCCAGCUGUCGACUUUAGCGCAGGAACUCGUUGCAGAGGAUCGCAAUUCCCCGGCAGCCUGGUGCGCUACGGGUAAUUUGUUCUCAGCUCAAACGGAACACGAGACUGCGAUAAAAUUUUUCCAGCGCGCGAUCCAAGUGGACCCGAACUUCCCGUACGCCUAUACGCUCCUUGGCCACGAGUAUGUUCUGACCGAGGAGCUAGAGAAAGCCGUGCACGCGUUUAGAAACGCGAUAAGACUAGACCCGAGGCAUUACAACGCCUGGUUUGGUCUCGGUACCAUUUACUCAAAGCAGGAGCAAUACAGCUUAGCGGAAGUCCACUUCAAAAGAGCGCUGCAGAUAAAUCCCUAUCACUCUGCUAUCAUGUGCCACAUCGGAGUCGUCCAGCACGCGCUUAAAAAAACCGAUUUCGCGCUGAGAACACUCAACGCCGCUAUCGCGAACGCCCCGGACAACACACUUUGUAAGUUCCAUCGGGCCAGUAUCAAUUUUUCAAUCGGACGGUACAAUGAGGCACUUCGUGAAUUUGAAGAACUCAAAAAUAUCGCACCCAAAGAAUCUCUAGUCUACUAUUCGAUAGGAAAGGUUCACAAAAAACUUGGCAAUACUCAUUUAGCGUUGAUGUACUUCAGUUGGGCAACGGAUUUAGAUCCUAAAGGCGUUAAUAGUCAAAUUAAAGAAGCUAUUUUAAGUCCUGGACAGAGCGAUGAAGAAACGCCGGUUGCUAAUUCUGGAAAUGAGCAACAGGGUCAAAAUCUAGCCCACGAAACAGAAGGUGGCGGCGAACUAGCAGCGGAGGUCAGUGGUCUCGCGAGUACAUUAAGCGUAGAAACAAAUCAAGAUGACAGCGAUGACAGCUUAUGAAGGCUCCGAGUAACUCACGUGAGUUUGCUUGCGUAUCGGUUAAACUCAAGUAUCCGUCGUCGUCGACUCGCUCGUUACCGUCUGAGACGGCUGCAGCGGCCACGUCACCGACGUCGUCACCGUUAUCGUCGUAUCUACUGACGUAAAAUAAUUAUAAUAAAUAUAAAUAAAUUCAACGACAACACGAAUUGAGAUCGUCUACGAUAACUGUAGUCACCACUCUUUCGUUUUUAAUUAUUUCACUAUAAACAUAAGGACAUUAAUUAAUCAACGCGUGUUACGAGUCGCAGUAAAUUUAUUUAUUAAUUUAAUUAAUUAAUCUACUAAUUAAUUAAUUGUAAUAAAUACUCAUCGUGAUCUAAAUGUCUAUAUAAAUAUAUAUAAAUAUAAAUAUAGACCCAACAAGCAAAAAAUAACCGCGGAUUUUAAAUUAUUUCGCCGUAUAGUUUUUUUUGCUUUGUAAAUUAUAAUGUAUAUUUUUUUUCUACUUGUUUCGAGUCUUCUCUGUCUAUUUCUUUUUUUUUUUUUUUUACAGACAAACAAAUUUAUUACUGAGAUUUAAUUGUUUUUAUCGAAAUAAAUUAAUAUAAUACGACUGAAUAUUAAACAAAAAGAAAAGAAUUGAGGAAAUAAAUAUGAGAGUUUUGUGUAAAUGUAAAUUAUUAGUAUUUUAUGAUUAUUAUUAAUUAUUAUUAUUAUUAUUAUUAAUUAUUAUUAUUAUUAUUAUUAUUAAUUAUUAUUAUUAUAAUUAUUAUUGAUAAUAUAUAUAUACAAAAAUAUAUGGAUGAUAAAUGAGUUAGGCUAAAAAAAGAAGCCGUUAAAUUACGAUUAUUUAAAUAAAUGAGUGCAAUUGGUCGUUGACGAUCGCUCGGUGGCAUUUUAAUCAGCUUAAAAUAAUAAAUUAAAUGAUUAAUGUGACGGCGAUCGCUCGAUUGACACUAGUGGGCUAUAAAAUAUAUACAUAUAUAUAUAUUUAUUUAUUACUACUGACACUAAUUAUUUAACAGUAAUGUGGUUUAUAUUUCUAUAUAUAUGUAUAUAUAUGUCGAUAGAUUAUUUAAUCAGAUUGAAGAGUUAAGAUCUUGAGUGUUUUUAUUAUUUCCAGCUCAAGGUUAUAAA